AUGACGCAUUGCCCGAUGGAGAUGAACGCAAAGUUCUCUAAAGCGAUCGAGGAGAAGAAUGUGGAUGAGAGGGAGUAUCGUCGAGCCAUUGGAUGCCUCAGGUAUUUACUUCACACCCGUCCUGGUCUAAACUUUAGUGUCGGUGUGCUUAGUAGAUAUAUGCAGUCUCCAAAAGAAUCACAUGGUGCAGCUUUAAAGCAAGUCUUGAGGUAUUUGCGGGGAACAUGCUCACUAGGCCUUAGGUUCACGCAUAGCAAAGAUCUAAGGUUGUUGGGUUAUAGUGGUAGUUCUUAUAAUGUUGAUUUGGAUGAUGGAAAGAGCACCACUGGACAUAUAUUUUACCUUGGCAAGAGUCCUAUAACUUGGUGCUCAACUAAGCAAGAAAUCGUGGCGUUAUCAUCUUGUGAGGCUGAGUUUAUGGCAGCAACUGAGGCAGCCAAACAGGCAGUAUGGCUUCAAGAUCUCUUAAGUGAGACGGUCGGAGAGGACUGCAAACGUGUGACCAUUAGAGUUGAUAAUAAGUCAGCCAUUGCACUUACAAAGAAUCCGGUGUUUCAUGGACGUAGCAAGCAUAUUCAUAGAAGGUUUCACUUCAUCAGAGAGUGUGUUGAACAUGAACAAGUAGAGGUGGAGCAUGUGCCCGGGAAUGAGCAACGAGCUGACAUUCUAACAAAAUCGCUUGGUAGGAUAAAGUUCAAGGAGAUGAGAGCUAUGAUUGGAGUUGAAGAUGUGAGUGAAGAAGGGCUUAAGCUUAAGGGAAAGCUUAAGAGGAGAUUGUUGGAGUAA